GUUCAUCGGUCAGUAGAAAAGAGUUUUAAUUUGAAGGCCACAUCCUCUGUCUUCCGGUCUCAUCCUUUCUAACUCUGACAGCUGGAGGCAUCUGUCCGCGCGCACCCAGCCAGCCAGACAAGACGCGCACCCUCUCUCCGGUCAUAUCCGCUGCCCACGGGCUAGAAGACUCCAAUUAGAAAAGCAGGAGCGAGUUACGCGCACUUACUGAACUUCACCUGUUUUGGUUUUUCUCUUCUUGGACCCCCACUCUGUCCUCUGUCACGAUUCCUCCCCAGAGCCGCUCCUCGGGUUUUUUAUCUUCCAUUGGUCCCCGAACGGCGCGGAGGAAGUGGUCCGUGGUGUUUCUGGUGACCGCCGUCGCGAUGGUUUUGUUAGUUCUCGCCAUCGCUGUCCCAUUACUGCUGAUCCGCACCUCUAAAACCACCGCUCAUUACUAUGAGAUGAUGGGCACUUGUCGGAUGGUUUGCGACCCGUACAGUCCCAAACCGGGAGGCGCCACGGCCAUGGAGGUGAUCCAGAACCUGAACGGGGCGGCUCCGCUGCCGCCGAUGGCGCAAGGGAGCCGCGGGGAGCCAGGGCGACCGGGUAAACCUGGACCCAGGGGCCCACCGGGCGAACCGGGACCCCCUGGCCCCAGGGGCCCACCGGGAGAGCGCGGCGACGUAAAACUAUCCUUCCCUGCGCUGACCGGAGGUGCGGGGGGUGACAACGGCGAGACAGAGGUAGCCAACGCCACUGCGAGCGGUUUCAGGAUCGCUUUCUACGUCGGUCUGAAAAAUCCGCACGAAGGAUAUGAGGUGUUAAAGUUUGACGACGUGAUUACAAACUUGGGGAACCAUUACGAUCCGAGCACCGGGAAGUUCACCUGCCAUGUGUCCGGGAUCUAUUUCUUCACUUAUCAUGUGCUGAUGCGAGGAGGAGACGGGACGAGCAUGUGGGCCGACCUGUGCAAGAACGGGCAGGUUCGAGCCAGUGCCAUAGCUCAGGAUGCAGACCAGAACUAUGACUACGCCAGCAACAGUGCUGUACUGCAUUUGGACUCUGGAGAUGAGAUCUACGUCAAGCUCGACGGCGGCAAAGCUCAUGGAGGAAAUAAUAACAAAUACAGCACCUUCUCUGGCUUUAUCUUAUACCCAGACUAAUCACGCUGCAGCACAUCCUUGGACAGUCACUGAAUAUAGUUUACAGUAAAGAAUAUGAUCAACUUGGUUUCUGUUCUUUUGAAUAGGUGCAACAUUAGUGGCUUUAUCUGCAACUUGUUGUUCUGUUACUUCAGUCAAAGAUCCUUUUUGUAUAUUUAUUUGAACUUAAGUUCACCUGGAGGUUGCUGUCAUUAGUGCGUGUGUGAUACCUUAGUGUAAAGAAACAAAUGCUCCAGAUAAUUUAGAGCAUCCCUGGGAGAAAAUAUUACCUGAGCUCCUUUCUGAAAUGCUAUGGAGGCAACAGGUCUGAAGACGUAAAGCUAACAACUGGAUGCUUACAGGCUGAGAGGGUCUUCUGAAGCCACAUGUGUGUUAAAAGUAUGCAGUAUUUCGAAGACAAUAUGAAGAAAUCAAGAUGUAAACUGAAGGUCGGAUAAGCAGUUUUCAGAGUAUAAAUUAGCCAGUAAUGUUUGCCCUUGUGGCCUGUCAAUAGCAGCAGUGAAAACAUUCAUGGCAAAAUCAAUCCAUUCAGUGAGUUCUGACCUUUCAGGGAGCUGGAGGGGGAAAAGAAGGAAGCUGUUGUCGUUUUAUUGUACUGUCCAGCUAUAUUUAACUUCCUCUAAUAGAUUAUGAGCAAAACUCAAAAAUCAUAGUUUGUGGAAAGUUAAAGGGGAUAUCUCAUGUUAAUUUCCAGUUACAUAUUUUAGUCUUGCAUUCAAGUAGAGUAGAUUUGCAUGAGUCACAGUUAAAACCAAUUCUUAUUUAUCAAAUAUUGGGCCUUAAUGCAGCCUCUCAGUUUAUCCUCUGUUUGAAAAAAAAUCACUUUACCUACUUUCCAACUCCCCUUAAGACACCUUUCUUCUGGUUUGUGUGCCUGUGAUGGUCAUAUUAGGAACAUCCUUUCUGUAGGAUAUCAUACCAAUCCAAGAAUAGAGCAAACUGGCAGAAAUAAAGCAUUUAGAGUAAUCUGAAGUCCAAAGUGUAAAUUUUGGCUCACUUGAACAAGUUUAGCACACUUACAACAAAAAAGUUAUUUUAUUGACUGAGCUUUCCCGCUAGCUAGCUAUAGCUAUCAGUUAGCACUCUCAGAAGUUUAUAAAUAUACUUUCCCUAAAUUCAUUAAAAUUCUUUGUUGAAUAAAAUUAUGCAUAACCACAAAAGAAUAUUACGUCCAUAAAAGGCAAAGGGCCCAGAUGAAAUAUAAAGAUUUUUUGACUGAGUUAUGCUAACACAUCCCUGGCUAGCUAGCAUAACUGUAGCUAGCCCACCAGAUAAAACAGUUUACCCAUACUUGUGUCUGUGAAGGUUCUCAGUCA